AUGGCACGGGAACCUUCUGCUCUUCACCCAGAAGAAUUGCUCCUGUAUGACGACGAAUACCAGGUCGUCGUAUGCCAGCAAUGCAAAUACGCACUUCGUGGAACCGCUAUUGACAGGCAUCUGAAAGAGGUUCACAAGAUCCUCCGGUCGUCACGACACCCGUACAUGGCCUACGUCUCCAAAUUUCCUCUCCUCGAGCCUGAAGAAGUUAUCACCAAGCCUAUGAAUGAUUUCCCCGUUCCUUUCCUACCUGUCUUUGAUGGUUUGAAGUGCCUGGAUAGUUCUUGUAGCUACCUAUGCAUUUCUACAAAGCGCAUGCAAAAACACUGGCUGUCGGAACACGGAAGACAUGGGUAUGACAACAAAGACUGGCAACCUGCAUUGCUUCAAACAUUCUUCAGAGGAAACUCACUACGGUACUUUACGGGGCCUUCGAAGGAGCCAACUUGUGGAGGAAACCAGGUUGUAACAAGUUAUGGAUCGCCACAGAUGAUCCAAACUCUUAAUGAUGGCCAUUUAACUCCCUCCAAGGACGAGCUUUUGCAGCACUUUCAAACUUCAACAUCCAACACAAUCGUAAGAGGCGAGGAGGAUCUCUGGCGCCAUACUUUACCCCAACUUGCCGCCUCUCACCAAUUUCUAAUGCAUGCCAUUCUCGCUUGCUCGGCGUUGCAUCUCGCCGCUAAACAUCCGUUACAACAGCAAUACCUUAUUUGCGCAUUCAAGCAUCAGAAUAUUGCCAUGCCCAUGUUUCGAGAUGCUGUGGCGAAAGUGACAGAAGAUAACUGCCACGCUAUUCUAGGAUUCAUGCAUCUUCUAGUCGUGUAUUCUUUCGGUGCCGAGAGACAUGAGGAUUCACUCCUAUUGAUUGAUACCUCAAGCCCAGAGCCGGACUUCUUGUUGAGCUGGCUGUAUUAUCGACGCAAUGGAUGUACUCUUUUGGGAAAUUACAAGGAGCUGAUCUCAUCUGGACCUUUGAAACAGCUCUGUCGAUGUUGGCACCUACCAGAUAUAACAACUGAAAAACUCCCACAGACAAAGGAUGUACUGCUUGUAGCCCUGGAGGACUUGGUUACAUCUCUGCACAAUGGGGGUGAGCUUUCAAAGGAAGACUAUCAUGCAGUUGAGGAAGCAGGCCAUCGACUUCUCUGCGCAUUUGUGAGAGCCGAUAACUUGGGCAGCGACUUCAACCCAUGGGAUGCGGUCUGCGGCUGGCCGAUGCUGGUCUCUUUACAAUACACGCGUCUUCUCGCGCAGCAGCAUCCUGUUGCUUUGAUUCUUCUGGGCUACUAUUGCUUGCUCCUCAAGAAACUACAAGGUCACUGGUUCAUUGGCAACUAUCCUCUACGACUGUUGUAUCUCGUCAAAGGGGGGUUAGAACUUCGAUGGCAUUGCUAUAUUGAUUCCUUGAUAAAUAGGUGGGAGGAAGGGUUAUAG